CGCAUCCCCGCGCGAACCGCCGGCCGCCCCUCGACCCCUCGCUGGUCGCGUACCUACACGAGCGGCGGCGGCAGCGGCGGCGGCGGCUCCUCUCUCCGCGCACCCCAGCUCAUUGGCGUGUUCCUCCUCUCCGGCGCUGGCGGAUGGGCCAUCUCAUCCCUGCUCCGCGACGGGAAGAAGGGCAAAUCCAGCGCCGUCAUUCCCAGCCUCGGCCCCGGGCCCGUCGACCUCGAGGCGCUGGCCAAGUCGCCGGUUGACGAGGGCAGCUUCGCCAAGGCCGAUGCGAAGCUUCGCGAGGACGUGUUUGUGGGUUCGUUCAGUGCCGCGGGCAAAGAUGCCCACGUCCACGCGGCGAGGGUGGCCAGCAACCAUCCGGUCGAGGACUACAUGGCGUGUUCUCUCGCGCCGGGGGUAGGGAGCUCCCAGACCCUCUUCAACGGCGUCUACGACGGUCACGCCGGGUGGGCAACCUCGCUGUUGCUCAAGAGCGCCCUCAUCCCCGCCGUGUCAUCCUCCAUCGCCCAGCUGCAGCCCGGAGCCAACGACACCGCGGUCGAGGCCGCCGUCGGCAAGGCCUUCACCGACCUCGACGACCUCAUCAUGACCAACGCCGUCAAGGCCGUCGACGGCCUCAAAGCAGGCGUCGUCGAGCCCGCCGACUCGAGGGUGAUGGCCGCCAUCGCCCCGGCCAUCGCCGGCUCCUGCGCCCUGCUCUCCAUCUUCGACCCGGCCACCUCGACCGUCCGCGUCGCCUGCACCGGCGACUCGCGCGCCGUCCUGGGCUCCGCCGCGCCCGGCUCGUCGUCCUACUCCGCCCUCGAGCUCUCCAAGGACCAGACCGGCCGCAACCAGGACGAGUUCGACCGCAUCACCAAGGAGCACCCGGGCGAGGACGGCAUCCUCGACAAGGAGAGCGGCCGCCUGCUCGGCAUCGCCGUGACACGCGCCUUUGGCGACCACCGCUGGAAGUGGACCGAGGACUUCAUCAAGCACGUCCACCUGAACUUCUUCGGCACCUCCCCGCGCCCCAAGUACGCCACCCCGCCGUACAUGACGGCCGCGCCCGUCGUGACCACGACCAGGAUCCAGGGCCCGGACUUUGUCAUCCUCGCGUCGGACGGCCUGUGGGACCACAUCUCGUCCGAGCACGCCGUCGAGUGCGUCGCGCAGUGGCUCUCGGCCAAGAAGGCCGGCGAGAAGACGCCCGGCGACAAACUGGCGCGCACGCCCGCCAGCCCCAGCGCGUUCGACACGUCCGACGGCUGGCCCAACUGGUCCGCCACGCCCGAGCACUUCGUGGUGGAGGACCUUGAUAACGCCGCCGUGCACCUGAUCAAGAACGCCCUCGGCGGCAAGCGCAGGUCCCUCUUCACCGGCGCCGCGCUCGCGUAUGCCCCCUUGUCCAGGAACGUCAGGGACGACGUGACGGUCCAGGUCAUCUUUUUCCAAGACCCGAGCAAGGCGAACUGAUCAGGGGUCCUUCGUGAUUGGGGUUUGCGUCAGUAGGAAGGACGGCGUUGUGUUGUCUUCCGGAUCAGGGGGCCUUCUCUAGACAUUGUGAUGCUGGUCUAGGGAUUCACAUUUAGAGCUUCACUGGCCUCUCUAACAUGUUUGGCUGAUAGGGUACACUGGUAGGCGUUUCUUACCGCGCUCUCGCAAUAUACAGCAAAUCAAUUACGGGCAUGGUGAGACGGUAAAGCCGGGUGCUCCAGGGUUGUCUCUAUACACCUUGGAAAUCCUGUACUAAAGUUCAUGAGUUAUCCGGUUGCAAUAGGGUUUAUAUAUAUAUAUAUGUAUCCUUCGAAUCAGCAUUUAAAUAACAGAUGGCAAAUCCCGAAUGAAUUUCUUGCGGCA